UCCGAGUUGUUUAUUUAUUCAUCAAAGUGCCCUUUUAGUAACUUCAAUUUGAACCUGGUUUCAAUCUUGAGUCAGUGUUUUGGUGUAAUCUCAAUGUCAAUGAAAACCUCAAACUCUCUGUUUCCAUCAAAUACGCUUUAAAUCACCAAAAAAAACUUCUCUCAGUGUUAAUUAAACAAUGUUAUCUCAAUUAUCAUUUUUCAGUCGACAACGAAGGAAAGAGUUGACUUCAAAUAGCAGUAAAUGUGUUUCAACAGCAACUACAAUUCCAGUGGAUAAGUUGUCGUCUUCAUUGAAAAACGAUUCACAUGUGAAAAAGGAUUCAAGCAUAAAUACUGAUAAAAGUUCAUCGUCUGAUCAAUCAUUGACGAGCCAGUUAAACAAUGAUUCAAAUAAAACAAUUUCAAGUCAAUUAAAUUUGUCAUCAAAUGCAACACCAUUAACAUCAGCAGUUCAACUAAAAUUAGCAUCAAAUACAUUAAUCGACAAAUCAUUGGCAACUAAUAGCUGUGAAUCAAGUCGCGAAACCAAGGAAUCAACUGAUCAACAAAUGAAAGUUGACGCCAAUAAAAUUGAUUUAACACUAAGUGAUGUGAACAAAAAUGAUUCAACAAACUGCUCUUUCCAAUCAACAUUCACACCCGGUGAACCGACCAAUCGGCAACAAUGUAAACCUGGCUCAUCGUUUUUAAAAUUAACCUUUCGCUGUCAAUUAGCUCAUGGAAGUCCGACUCAAAUGAUUUCUGGCUUUUCCAACAUGAAAGAGCUUUACGAGAAAAUUGCUUCAACAUUCAACAUUCCAACUGAACAGAUACUCUAUUGUACUCUGAAUACACCUAAAGUUGACAUGGACCAGUUACUUGGAGGGCAAAUUGGCUUAGAGGAUUUCAUCUUUGCCCACUGCAAAGGACAACCAAAGGAAGUUGAGUUAACCAAAAACGAAGAGCUUCUUGGUUUGACAAUUACUGACAAUGGAACUGGUUAUUCAUUUAUCAAGAAAAUAAAACCCGGUAGUUUGGUUGAUUCAAUCAAAUUCAUUUCGGUUGGCGAUGUAAUUGAAAAGAUUGAAGGUAAAUGUUUCGUUGGAAGUCGCCAUUUCUCAGUCGCUAAAGCGUUAAAAGAUUUGCCCAUUGGUCAUACAUUUACAUUGAGACUUAUUGAACCUAGCAAAGGAGGCUUCAGUUCUAUUGGUCCUCGUCUGGUACCCAAUAACCAACCACCUAAUUUAGGCUCUGGACGGGAAACUCUUCGAUUGCGUGCAAAUGGUUCACCAGUUAGCUCAACAUCUGAACUCUCCACUUCUGUUAUUGAGAAAAUUAAUGUUCUACUCGAAUCAUUCAUGGGAAUUCAUGAUAAUGAGCUUGCAACUCAAAUCUGGGAAACUGGCUCAACUCAUGGUAAUCCGCAUGAUUUUGUUAUGGCUAUCGGUGAUUCUGAUUUACAGAUAUUUGGCUUCAAUGAAGAUCUUUUAUUUGACCUUUGGGGAGUCAUCAAUGACUCUAAAACAGGACAAACUAAUUCAAAGGUUAACCCAUCCUAAAAGCAGAUUGAAUAUGUUGAAUCAAUAAUUGUUUACCUGCCAUUAUUCAAUCUUUAAUUUUGAUAUUUCAAACGUUAUUUAUCACCUAAUCUUGCUAAUGAAAAUAAAAGACUUUACUAAAUGCGUUCCAUC